AAGAACGGUUAAUUGGUACUUUGCUUUUCCAAUAAGCAAGUCGAAGAAACCGCAGUAUGACGUUUUGUACCCUUACUACCGUACCUUAAUUGUUUACCGUUAUGAAACCAGUUUUGGAACUUGCAGUCUUCCAAACACCCCUCUCACUUCGGAUUAAGAAAAAUUAUAUUAUUACAACUUGAUUGUAAUAGAUUUUUCAAAAAAAACUAGCUAUUGAAAACAUUUUAUGCUCAAACUUCUUUUGAGUUUUUGAAAUAAACCAAGACGAACCUUUUCUCUCACGAAAACUUGGUUAAAUUUACUGGAUUGAUAUUAUUGUUACGAAAUCUUAUCUGACUUGUCAUUUUUUUGCUCUUAUACCACUCUUUCUUUUCCGAAGACGCUAAAACUUGACUUCUUUAAACCAUACCAAUGGCUUCUUCAUUAAAAUUACGACCUCAAAGCGCGUUAAAGCUAGCUAGAUCUUCUGGAUGGCAGAAGAAUGCCAGCUUGCUUCGUCGCUCAUUCCAAUCCUCGGCUGCUAUUCGCGCUAAUGAGAAGGCACCCAUGAAGAGAUCCGGUUUGGGAUCCCGCUUAGUCGAAGUCAUGGAAGUUGCUUCUAGUCUUUCUUUAUUAACAGGUGUAGCUGUCUUACAAUCCCUUCGUGGUGUUGUUCCUUCCUCUAAUGAUGCAUCUGUUACCGGUUCUCCAAAAAGAACACUCGUCGUUUUGGGAUCCGGUUGGGGUGCAAUCUCCGUGUUAAAGAACAUCAAUACUUCCUUGUACAAUGUAAUUGUCGUUAGUCCUCGCGACCACUUUCUUUUUACCCCCAUGCUGCCCUCCUGUACCGUCGGAACAUUGCGAUUGACCAGUAUUACCGAACCCUUAACAUCCCUCCUGCAGGACAAAAUCCCUCCUACCGCUAUUCAUCAAGCAGAGUGUUCCUCUAUUGAUUCCAAGGCCAAGAAACUUGUUAUCCGCGGAACGACAUCUGCCAACAAAGAUAUCCAAACUGAAUUGCCUUAUGACGACUUGGUUGUUGCCGUCGGUGCCACAAACCAGUUCUUUGGACUUCAAGGUGUGAAACAGUAUGGCUGCUUCUUGAAGGAAGCUGAAGAUGCCAAGAAGGUUUUCACCAAGGUCUCCGAUGCUUUGGAACAAGUGCGUUUCAACAAGAACUUGACUCCUGAAGAACGUUCUCGUCUUUUGCACUUCACCGUUGUCGGUGGUGGUCCCACUGGUAUGGAAUUCGCUGCUGAAAUGCGUGAUUACAUUGAUGGUGAUAUCCGUAGAAUGUUUCCUGAGCUUUAUAAGGAAGUCCGCAUCACACUUAUUGAGGCUGCUCCUAAGGUUUUACCCAUGUUUACCAAGCCACUGGUUCAGUACACAGAAGGUCUCUUUAAGGAUAUCAACAUUAAAAUCAUGACGCAAGCUCUUGUAAAGGAUGUGAAUGAAAAGGAAUUAAUCAUUCAAAAGACCAACGCCGACGGCUCCAAGACAAUUGAAAACAUUCCUUAUGGACUUCUGGUCUGGGCUGCUGGUAUUACUGCCCGUGAUUUGACUCGCCAAUUAAUGUCUACUAUUCCCGAACAAAGUGGCGCUCGUAGAGGUUUGAUUAUUGAUGAAUUCUUCCGCGUAAAGGGUAUGCCUGACACAUAUGCCAUCGGUGACUGUGCUUUCUCUGGAUUACCUGCAACUGCUCAAGUUGCUCACCAACAAGGUGAUUGGUUAGCUGCUAACCUCAAUAAGUCUGGAAAGGCAAGUGCUUUGAAACACAGAAUUGAAGUUAUGGAGAAGCAACUUGGUGAAAAGAAGACCGAUCAAGAAUUUUCUACCUUGAAGAAGGAGCUUGCCAAUAUUCAAUUGGAGGCAUUCCAAUACAACCACCAGGGUGCCAUGGCUUAUGUUGGUCACGAGAAAGCGAUUGCUGAUUUGAAGGUUCCUUACCUCAACAAAAUUAUUCCUUUGCACGGCACUUGGGGAAAUACCUUCUGGAGACUUGCUUACUUGUACCAAUUGGUAUCUGGACGCUCUCAAUUUUUGGUUCUUUUCGAUUGGCUUAAAGCCAGACUCUUUGGACGUUUUGAUGCAAAGAUUUAAGACUUCAAAGAUGACGAACAUUUACCACCCCCUUUUUUACAGUAGGAUAAUAUAGGAAUAGGCCAUUCGUGCUUUCAUUCAUCCAUAGUAAUCGACUUCUAUAACCAACAAUUGCAUGGUGUGUAUAUUCAAUAAUUCUCGUUAUAAGUAGGUUUAACCAAGUAGCAAAUAGUUCAAUCUUGUAUCACG